GUACCCUGCGCAUCGUCCGCAUCACCCGGCUAGUGAAGAUCGCUCGCAUCACCCGGGUGCUGCGUGUCAUCAUGGCCCUGCGGACGCUGACGCAGUCCAUCAUCUACACCCUGAAGUCACUGAUCUGGGCGAUGAUUCUUCUCGUCUUGAUUGUUUACGUCUUCGGCAUCCUGUUUGCCCAGGCAGUGAAUGACCAUCUGAUGGACACGGAUGUUCGUCCACUGAGCGACGAGGAGGUGGCUGCAGCCAGAAGAUACUUCGACGACCUGCCGCAAACGAUGCUCAGCUUAUUCAUGAGCAUCGCCGGCGGAGUGAGCUGGGAGGAGGUAGUUGUGCCUCUGCGAGCCAUCUCCGUCGUUUGGGUGGCGAUCUUUCUGACGUACGUAUCUUUCACGUAUUUCGCGGUGCUUAAUGUGGUCACUGGUGUUUUUUGUCAGAGUGCGAUCGACAGUGCCCAAAGUGACCAUGACAUGGUCUUGCAGUCCAUCCUUGCCAACAAGCAGGCCCACAUAGAGAAGAUCCGAUAUCUGUUCAGCGAGAUCGACCAGGAAGACUCUGGAGUGAUCACCUUUCAGAUACUUCGCUGCAAACCAGCCUAA